AUGAUGUGGCCCCGGCGUCAUCGCAGGGCGGGUAACCUGGCGAGGGCGGGCGGGACAGCUCCAGAGAGCGGAGAGGAGGCCGGGCAGAAAGAUGCAGCCUUUGUGCUUCACUGGCCGCUGACCCGUUGGCCUGAUGACAGCACCCCGCGUACCUUUCCGGUUCGGUUCCAGCAGCCAUCGGUCAGUGGCCUCUCACAGAUCACUAGCAGCCUAUACAUCAGCAAUGGGGUGGCUGCCAACAACAAACUCAUGGUCUCCAGCAACCGGAUCACCACGGUCAUCAACGUCCCGGUAGAAGUGGUGAACACUUUGUAUGAGGACAUCCAGUAUGUACAGGUGCCGGUGGCUGACGCACCCAUCUCACGUCUCUGUGACUUCUUUGACCCCACUGCUGACCACAUCCACAGUGUGGCGAUGAAACAGGGCCGCACGCUCUGCGCUGCUGGCGUGAGCCGCUCAGCUGCUCUCUGCCGCUACCUCAUGAAGUACCAUGCCAUGUCCCUGCUGGACGCCCACACGUGGACCAAGUCAUGCCGGCCCAUCAUCCGGCCCAACAAUGGCUUUUGGGAGCAGCUCAUCCACUAUGAGUUCCAGCUGUUUGGCAAGAACUCCGUGCACAUGGUCAGCUCCCCUAUGGGAGUGAUCCCUGACAUCUACCAGAAGGGGGUCCGUUUGAUGAUUCCACUUGGAGCCAUCUCACCAGCCUCUGUGCCCAGGUCAAAGGUGCAGAUCUGCUAUUGACCAAGAUCUGAACUUAAACGUUCUACUGUUGUUACAGGAAAAACAGAUGAUGCCUUUUAUAAGGACCAGAAAAAAAAAGGAAAGGUGCUGUAGCUUUUAACCUUAUUAUCCAUAUCUUCAAAGAUUAAAUUCACUAACUGUACGAUGGUGCAGGUAAGUUUCCUACCCUGUGAGUGACAGGUCAUGGCUGCUGGCCAGAUGGGAGAGAGAGACAAGUGCCCAGGUCAAAUGGACCAGUGCCUAAAGCAUAUGGCAAGCUUGGAACCCUGCUGCUCUCCCACAGACCGACCAACCCACAAACAAGUCAGCCACCAUUCCACCUCACUCUUUCAAACCCAAAGCCAGAGCCUUAAGCAUCAUGGCGCCUCCUGUGCCACUCACAGUCAGUGCCAACCUACUAGAUAAGUGGCCUUCAGGUGGUGCUCUGGGAGCCUUGGGGGCCCAGGCCAACCCUGCUUCUACCUUCAGCCACAGGGACCCAACUCUGGUUUUCUGGAUUGGAUUUACACAUGACAUAGUUUUCAAAGAAAGCAUUCCAUUGUAUAAAA